UGCUAGCAACAAUUCUACGAAACUUCACUGGGAAGCUACAGUGUAGUGUGAAUCUUAGAGGAUCAUCAUUAUGAGCCACUGUAUCAAGUCCACUCAUUCGUCAACUGGACCUAUGAAGGGAGCCUGUCACAACUUUUCUAGCCAUACCUCAACUGUACACCACAAGGUCCAUCAUGGGGAUUCUCAUAAAAAAGGCCAUCAUGAAACAACUCAUUCUUCCCUUCAUGGGGGAUUCCAUAAAGGGCAUCAUGUAAACUCCCACUUGUCCCAUCAUGGAGGUCACUACAGAGCUCCAAGUGUUCACGGAGGCUCUGGAGGAAAAGGCAUCUCUAUUUCCAAACACACUUCUAUUGGCCAUGGAUUUGGCUUUGGAAGUGCUCACACUCACAGCAGCCAUCAUAGCUUUGGCGGUCACAGUGGUUGGAAGGCCGAGGGCCUUUUUGCUGUAAACGAAAAAGAAACAAUGCAAUGUCUAAACGACCGUUUGGCUUCCUACUUGGAGAAGGUUCGGUCUCUGGAACAGGAAAAUUCUCAGCUAGAGAGGAAUAUUCGAGAGUGGUAUGACAGGAACCAGCCCAGCGCUUUCCCUGAUUUCAGUUGCUUCUUUAGGACCAUUCAGGAGCUUCAAAGCCAGAUAUCUUCCGCCACUAUAGAAAAUGCAAGGAUCGUGCUGCAAAUCGACAAUGCCCGACUGGCUUCAGAUGACUUCAAGAACAAGUAUGAAAUGGAGAUGAGGCUGAAGAACAGUGUUGAAUCUGAUGUGAAUGGUCUUCGCCGGGUAUUGGAAGAGCUUAACCGGGAGAGAUGUGAAUUGGAGAGUCAAGUCCAGAACCUGCAGGAAGAACUUCUGCAGUUGAAGAGGAACCAUGAGGAGGAGGUCAACUCUCUCCGUUCUCAGCUGGGUGCCAGGGUCAACGUGGAAAUGGAUGCUGCUCCAUCUGUAGACCUGAACAAGGCCUUGUUUGAGAUCCGAGAACAAUAUGAGAACCUAAUGGACAGAAACAUGAGAGAUGUCGAGAACAUGUUCCUUCAAAGGAGUGAAGAGUUAAGCCGUCAGAUGGAAUCUGGAUCUGAACAACUGCAGUCUGUCCAAACUGAAGUCAUUGAACUUAGACGGAAUAUUCAGACCCUGGAGAUUGAUCUGCAAAGCCAGCUAAGCAUGAAAUCUGCAUUGGAGGGAACUCUUUCUGAAACCGAAGCCACUUAUGGUGGACAGCUUUCUCAGCUUCAAUGCAUGAUCAAUAAUGUAGAAUCUGAGCUGACACAGAUGCGUGGAGACCUAGAACGUCAGAACCAUGAGUACAAAACACUAAUGGACCAGAAGACUCAUUUGGAAUUGGAAAUUGCAACAUACAAGCGACUACUAGAAGGCCAUGACAUCAAUGUUUCUGGACAGCACUUCUCAGGCACCAAGGAAGUGCCCCACUAUGCUGUGAAAAUCCACCACAUUCCAGAACACACUCAUCAUACCAAGUGUUAGGAACUUUUGGAUGUAAAGAGUUCCAAUGUUUAUGUCCCAGUUAUUACUAUAUCUUGAGUAAAUAAAUAAUCAUGUCUUUCUUGGUGUUGUAUGUUAAUUCUCUAUGUCAAUGUAUGGGCCUUUAACUUCAAUAAAAUCUAUUCUUUCUCAUGCAAUGCAAA